GUCGCUUUUCUGCCCGAAAGAAUCUGACGAAGGGCGAGCGUCGUCAGCGUGCGACUACAAGGAACCACUGCAGGCGAUUGAAAUACAAGCACAAAGAGCCAAGUGUUCGCAUGUGCGUGUAAUUUGAGUUCUUCGGUGAUGAUAUGAGGUCAUGGCAAUCAAUAAGAUACUCGGAGAAAUAGUGACUUCAAACACUGAGAUCGUGUAAAAAAUUCGAGAGAGCAGGAAAUAUUCUUGAAAUGUUUUUGUAUCGUCUGAAAAAUACGAGAACUCAUCAGGGGUAACAUGCUGGUUUUACGGCCAUACCAGAGAGGUUUGUUAUUUGCCUUUUCGAUAGAUUGAAAUCUAAUUUCUUCCCUCUUUUUUCCUGCAUUACUCACUGACGCAGAAAGGUGGCGAGAAUGGAGAUGACCCUUCAGUGGUAUCUGACAUGAUACUGGAAUGUGAAGUGUAUUUCUAUUCUAAUGUAACGGCUAGUUUUACAAAAAUUUCAAGUCUUUCGUUGGAGUGACCCCUUUGAGAUCUACACGGGAGAUAAGCCUGUCAUGACACAUACUCUGACGGCAUCCCCAAAAAGGACAAUGUAGACCUGCGACUGUUAAAACCAAAAUUUCGCCGGAGAAAUGGAGUCACAUCUUUUUGAUCAGAAACCAGAAAUCAUAAGAACCAUUGAAUGGUUGAGCGAAAAUUCUAGUUUGGGGUGGUGAGUUCGAGGCUGACCCUGGCUGAUUACGCCAUCUCAUUGAAUCUCACUCCAAGCCGACGGUGAAAACUAAUUACAGAUUCACAGCUAAAUUUCGCAGCAUGGCAAAAAAUAAUAUUGAUGACAUUAAGACCCUGCUCGAAUCAAUAACUAUUCUGACCAAAAUCCACAGGACUGUAGUCAACUGCUUUGAUUUGGUAAGGUGGAUAAGCUGUGCCUAAACCUCGUUCCCAGGUUGUCAUUCCAUGGUCUUAUUAUUCCAUGGUUCCGUUGCACGUGUUGUAAAGUGCAAAUUAUUUCUUACGUCAUGUAUUGAGAUAUUGAGCCUGUGUUUUUUCAGUCGAUCAGGUUUUAUUUCUUCAGGUUCUUUCUGUUAGAUUCUGUAGAGGGUUUGCUAGUCCUGCAGCUGUCUGUUGGUAGAAUUAUACGCAAUAAGCUUCGAUCGGUCAUCUCUGGAAGAUUAUUUGUUCUUGUUGUAAAUAUUAAGUCGGUCUUUCGAUUACCCAUCGAAACAUGCAAUGCCGGCGCUUUAUCAUCGAAGAUUUCGUGAUUUUCUGGAGGACAGUGAGUAAAGCUCCCACGGAGAUUCUUGUAAAUAACCAGCAAGAAAGGUGACAAUCAAGAGUCUUUGACCAAAUGGCGACAGGACUGUGCGAAAAGAGACAGCCACGACGUCAGAGUAAAGAACAUGAAAAUUUAGUUCGCUUUGCUUUGAGUGGGCUCUCCUGCAUGUGCGCAGCAACAGUUACAAAUCCUAUAGAUGUAAUUAAGACUCGCAUGCAGCUUGAUAAUGAAUUGGGCUCCCAACAUGAAAGCAGAAACAUAUUUCAUAACCGUUACUAUCGUGGUUUGGUUCGAGGGGCAGCAAGGAUUGCUCAUGAGGAAGGGAUACGUGGUCUGUACAAAGGUAUUGCUCCCUCACUGAUGAGAGAAGCCAGUUACAGUACACUGCGACUAGGCUUGUAUGAACCUCUGAAAGAGUGGUUUGGAGCAACAGACCCUGCUCACACACCACUGUGGAAAAAGGUCUGCUCUGGAGCAAUUGCUGGCGCAAUUGGAAGUGCCAUAGCUUGCCCUACUGAUGUGGUAAAGAUCCGUUUGAUGGCACUACCAUCUGGAAAUAAAUGGGAGUAUAGACACACACUUCAUGCAUUUCAAGCAAUUGUUGCCAAUGAAGGAAUUCGUGGACUUUGGACAGGUGUGAAUGCUACAGUGAAAAGGUCUGCACUUGUAUCAGCUACAGCUGUAUCUUCAUAUGAUCAUGCCAAACAUAAAAUAUUAAAUGCUGGACUUCUUCAGGAAGGACCUGUUCUGCACAUAAUGGCUUCCUCCAUAGCAGGAUUUGUGACAAACUGUGUCUCAUCACCAAUAGACAUGGUGCGCACCAGGUACAUGAAUCAAAAGAAGGAUUGCAACAAGAAACCACUGCUUUACAGAGGAACAAUAGACUGUAUAGCAAAGACAGUUCACAAAGAAGGGCUUUUUGGUCUCUAUAAAGGGUUUAUACCAAACUGGACAAGAACUGGAACUCACACAGUUGUAACAUUCUUUGUUUUUGAACAGUUGCGGGCUUUUGUGGGGUUGAAGCCAAUGUAACUGAUAUAUUGUAGUUUACCUAUACUUAAUGUAGUAAGUUUGGUUCAAUGUGCAGUAUGCAAAUAUCCUUUAAAUCAAAGUAAUUAUCUCAUAAUUUGAAACAUUUUUGCUGUUGGAGGAGAACUCGAAAUGUUCUUAGGGUGCUUAUUCAAAUUGUGCUAGCAACAUGCUCAGCAGCCAGACUACUUCAUUGAAAAAAAGAAACAAAAAACAAUUGUUGAGAAGCUUGAAUACUAAGCUCCAGGGUAAGGUGAGGGUAAGGAGGAAGGGGUGGGUGGAGGGAUUUGUGGAGAGAAAAAGAAAACUUAGCAACAAACCUCUAGAGAACUUACCAGGUAGGAUCAUAAAAAACAGAGACAGUUAUGGCGUCGUACAUAGACAUCUGAUUUCUAUUUUUUAUAUCUGAUUCCUAUUUUUUAUAUUUAUAUAUUCAUGUAAACUAGCCGUCCAGGCCUCAACAAGAUGUUUUUUUUUAAUUGAAAUUCCACUCAAAAAUCAAGGUUUAUUUGCAUUCACGUAAAACAAUACUAAUAGUGCUUGCCAUUUUUAAAGAGGCGUUUUAAAUUUUGUUCCAUUCCGUCACACUCCUUUUUUUUGUACAUAACAAUAAAUUUGGCUUUUUGUUGUUCACUGUAUGAACACUUCUAUUAGUAAUUUAGGCUAAGUUUAUCAUUGUUAAGGGAGCCUUAAAACGUCUUACGUUUGACACUGAAAUUACUGUCAUGAAAUAAAUUUUUAGUAUUGUCAA